AUGCAGCUCGGCCUUCAGGACGAGCCUGCUUUCGCGGAUUUGUUGGAGGCCGUUCGCGAGGCCAUACCCUCUCUGGAGCAGAAGGGUCUGUCACGAGUGCUCAUGGGCCUCGGAGACACGCACGAGGACCUGCCCUUCGCUCAUGCGACGACCCCUUAUGCGCACCUGCAGAGGGUGGUCGCGGUAGCCGAAGCAGCCUGCCUCAGGCUGCAGGCUUUCUGGAAGGAAGCUACAUCCGAGGAUCUCGAUGACAGGGAUUUGGGAUUUCCUCUUUUUGCACUGUCUCGCCUGGCCAUCUACAGCGAGGAUACCUUCGCCGUGGGCUCCGCACAUCUCGCGACAAAGAUUAGAGGAGAGCUGCCCGCAGCAGCUCUGAGGCAGUGGCUCCUGGCUUGCAACAGCGUCAACCACUCCUUGGCAGAACAUGAGACGCCGAUAGCUGCAUACAAGCCUUCUGGAGGUUGGGGGCAGGAGGAAGACAGCCGGCUACAUCAAAUGGCCGGGGCGUUGGUGGUGUUCAGGAACCCUGACCCGUUGCUGGCGGAUGUACUUCGCGAAGUCCUGCGACGGCCUGCGAGCCAAAUGAAGUCCAGCAAAGCCGUGGCCCUCUACGGUCUUCAGGCAGUGCGCUUGCUUAGUGAGGCCGGCGCCAUUUGCACGUCGACGCUUCUAAGCGAAGCUUCCCUGACCACUGAGUUGGAGAGGCACUUGGAGGUGAAGUCUGGAAGAGUUCGACGGCGCUCGAAGUUGGAGACCGUGGUGGGCGAGGCCCUGCAGCGCUGCGGCUUCGAACCCGUGCACGAUGUGCUGGCCGGCCCCGGCCUCUCUGCAGACUUUCGUUGUCUUCGCCGCGGUCGGAGCUUUUUUGUGGAGGUCGAUGGCCCCUCACAUUUCUGUGUGCGCCCUUUCUGGCGGCCCAGGGGCCGCACGGUGUUAAAACGCAGGCUGUUUGCCUGCCUGGGCUAUCCGUUGGUCUCCGUCCCGUACUGGCUCGCGGCGGCCCCGGGCGCCUACGCGCGCCGGGAUCUGCCUGCUCGGCCCCCGAGCCUGGAAGCCGGCCAAGAGGAGAUUCAGCGCCUUGUGACGAGGCCAUGGACCCGACGGUUUGUGAGGGUAGGGUUUGGGGUUUCAGUUGAGCCUGAACAAGUCAGUGCCAAAGGGUACUAUGUGCAUACAUGA